AUGAAGAAUAAAUAUAUGUCAGAAUCCGAUAGUUCAGAUAUUGACACUAGUUCUGCGGACAGUUCAAUAAAAUGUGAAAAAUAUAAACCUAGGAAAGAAUUAAAAGAGGCAAUUUUAAAAGACGCUGUAAAGAAAGAAUUUUUAGAACAAACUAGGAAACACAUAGUUAAAACUGAAAAAACUAGUAAAGAAAAGUUAUUAGAGUCAGUGGUUAAGAAAAAAAUGAGUAAAAUGGAUUUAGAUAAAGCAAUUGCUAUGAUACCUAUUUGCACGGGCAAAAAGGACGUAGCCGAAUUUAUAAAUAUUUGUGAAAUCGCAAUUAAAGAAACAACGGAAGCAGAUACACCGAUAUUAUUAAAAAUAAUUACUUCUAAGUUAACAGGAAAUGCGUUGGAAAGACAAAUUGGUAAUGGAAAACAGGCAGACGUUAAUAACGAGGAAAAACGACAAAAUGGUGGUAAUACAAAUAACGCAGUUAAUCGCGGAGGAAACAGUAAUUCAAAUCAAAGCAAUAGAAAUAAUAAUUUCAACGGGUAUAACAACAGAUAUGUCAAUCACAACAACCGCAAUAAUUAUGGGAAUAAUAAUCAGAGCGGAUAUGGCUCACACAUGGUUAAUCGCGGCGGUCAUCGAGGCGGAAACGGCUAUGGACGGAAUUUCAAUGGCAAUAAUGUACAACAAAAUAAUAUUAACCGAGGCACCGGAUGCUACACUUGUGGUAGAUCUAAUCACAUAGCACGAGAUUGCUGGAGCAAUCGACCUAAUGUGCAACAAAAUACGUAUAACAAUAAUCGUGUAAACGGCACGCGCCAUGCGAACAACGGCAAUAAUGUUCGUAGGGACAAUAACAAUACUCAGGGCGUACUUUGCAGUUAUUGCAAUAAGAUAGGUCAUGAAAUUUCAAACUGUUAUACAAAACAGAAAAACGAAAGAAGCACGUCGGGAAACGCCAACGGACCAUCACCAGUGGGAGUCAGAUUGGUCCAAGAAAUAGUUCAAGACCCACACACAGGAUUUUCCACAUCACAGCAAAAUUAA